GACGGCUUAUAGCUCGCAAAAAACUUUCUCGCAUAGCAGCAGUACGAAUCGGUAGAAGAAUUAUCACGCCGAGGUACAAAGUGAAAAAAACUUUCUUCUCUCACUUAUAGCACUUAUAUACUUCAUCCGCGCAAUGCCGCGUCGAACUAAGCUACAAAGCUAUAACUGUCGCGUAGCAGCAGUAUAAUGGAUGGGGAGAAAAAAAUUGGCGAUCAAUUAUGCAAAAACCUGUAAGCAUUAUUGCCUGCGCGUAUCGACCCCCGAUGCCUACACUUUUCUCACGUCGCGACUAGUUUUGUGACUUCUCGCUGAUAUCGUAUAAGGCUUAUAGUUACCAUGAUGGUCUGAUUUGAUAUUAUAUUCUGGACAUAUCGAGCCUCGUGCCGUGAGAUGCGAUGGAAUCCUUAGAAAAGUAUCGGUCGCAAGAAUUCGACUGGGCACUGGGCAUCAACCGCGUCAGUCUCCGACUGUUGGGCAUAUGGCCGGCCGACCAGGACGAAAGCUCGAAAUCCUUGCUCACAGUCUCGAGGAUACCGCUGAUGGUACUCGUGAUUUUCGGCGGCCUAUUCUUGCCGCAGAUGUGGGCCCUCGCGUUGAUAAUCGAGCAGCUACCACUGGCCAUCGACAACCUCAUGACCAGCUGUCCAGCCUUCACCUCCUGCAUCAAGCUCUUCUUCAUCUGGCGCAGUAAAACGAUCUUGCAGCCGGUGAUCGAAUCGGUCCUGCAGGACUACCUCCGGCCAAAGUCCGAAUGGGAAGAGCUGACGAUGCGCCGAGAGGCCUCUAAAGGCCGAUUGAUCACCAUCGCGGACUACAGCCUGAUGACGAUUUGUUGCGUGGGAUUCAUCAUCCUGCCGACGCUAGGCUUCCACGUCCGCAUCGUCAACAACGUGACCGACUACGCCAGCUACGGCAAUCGGGCUCUCCUCGUGCAGUCCUACUACCCUUACGACUACUACGAAAGUCCAGCCUUCGAGUUGACGAACCUGGUGCAGUUGACGGCCGCUUUCUUCGUGGGCAUGACUGUGGCCAUUCCCGACGACUACUUUUGCGCCUUGAUGUUCCACGUGAGCGGCCAGUUCGAGAUCCUGGGCCUGCAGAUCGAGAAUUUGAUGGGGAAGGAUGAUGCCAAGGAAGGCGUCGAUUGGAGCUUGCUGGGCAGCUUCGUCGAGAGACACGUGCAUCUCAACAGGAUGGUCGCGACGCUGGAGAAGUCGUUCGAGUUCUUGAUCGCGGCGCAGAUAUUGCUCGUGACCGUCAUGGUUUGCUGCAUGGGAGUUCAGGUUUUGAGGACGCUGAACGGCGCUGGUGAAAAGCCAAGUCCUUUUCAGAUCCUCACGCUCAGUGGGACCGUUUUUUACCUCUUGCUGCACACGUUCGUCGACUGUUUCGUCAGCGAAAGUCUCACGUCUCGUAGUUCCGAGAUCUUCUUCAAGAUUUAUAGCUGUAGGUGGUGCGCGCUGCCCUGGAACAAGGUGCGCUGCCUCCUGCCCAUGAUGCUCGCGGCCAAGACUCCUCGACAGAUAAGAGCCGGGAGGAUUAUGCCCUUGUCUCUGGCCACUUACUGCUCCAUUGUAAAAUCGACGACUGGUUACAUAUCGAUGCUCGUCGCUGUGAGCGGAAGGUAAAGCGCUAGAAUCUGCGAUUCGAUUUACUGAUACUGAAAGUUAUAGCAACUUUGAAAGCUGAUGUAUACAAAAACUCGGUGAUGUCAUUGGCAGCAUAAAGUAACAAAUUACUAGAUUUAAUUGCUUACAUGGAAGCAAGGGGCAAGGCCAUUCAGUCGGCUUAACGAUUUCUAUCGAGAAGGUGUUUUAAUUCAUAUUUGGCUUUGUUGUAGGUUCAAUAUAAAGCAGACAAUAGCCUCGCACGCCUUUUUUAACUAAAAAAAAAAACAAAAAAUAGCAAUCUGUUGUAAAAUAAAAAAA